AUGCCGUUUGUCUUCUGGCCGCGUGCGCUAGUCUACCGAGGCUUCUCUACAGCUUCAAUCCUCAGGAGACCGGUCUGGGAACCCGUAAGGUACGAGCACUGCACCGCUGCAGGUCAGAAUCAACGUCGUACAGGCGCACGUACGAGCAGACCUGGAACGUUGUUCACCAGUCUGACUAUUGAAUCUGUCCACGAGGAUUACGAGUUGCAUACUAGUGCCCUCUGGGCCUACACUGGAUUUGGCAAUGUCACUGGGUCCCAUGUCUCAGGUGAUGCCGUCACUGCAUGCCGACUGGUAGGGAAUCAGACUUACUUCUAA